AAAUUUUAAAUAAGAUAUUUGUCUAUAAGUUUUAAAAAAUUAAGUUUCAAAAUGAAUUUUCGUUUAAUUACUUUAGGUUUUUUAGUUUUUUUGAACAAUACAAUAAACGCCUUCAAUGAUUCAUCAAACAAUAUAAAUAACCAAAAUUCCAGUAGAGGAGUUAAAAUGGUUGAAAUUUUCAAAAAUGACACCGAAAGUAUAAGAAAUAUCCCGAGAUAUUUCGAAAAAGAAGAAAAACUUUCUUUGAAAGAAUUUUUAAGUGUUGUACAAAAAUCUUCAAAACAUACGUUUAAAGAUAUAUCAAUAUUUUUGACACAUGGCGAAUAUGAUGAUCAUAUAACUUGUAAUAACGAUAUUAUUGGUUUAAUUAAUAGUAGUGAUGAAAUUGAUGAUGACUUUGAAAUUGAUAGUGGUAUUAUUCAUGAAGUUCUAGCAGAUCUCGUUUAUGAAGUUUUAGAAGAAAAAGGAUGUAGCAUAGAAUUAGUAUUGAAUAAAAUAGUCAUGUUAAAAUCAAUUAAAAAAAAAGUGAAAUAUUUGAAAAAGAAAUUCCUCAUGUAUAGAAAAAGAAAUAAUAUUAUCAAUAAAAUUAACGCUAGACGUGCAAUGAAAGAAGUUGGUUUAAAAGAAAAUAUAAUAAAUGAUUUUAUUGAAAAAAUUUCUACUAAAGAAAGCAAUAAUGUUAUCUUUGAAGGUAUUCUAAAUUUAUACGAAAAAAUAUUAAAAGAUUCAGAAAAGGAAAAUAAUCAUUCAAGUAGUCAAAAAUAUAUAAUGGACAUCAAAACUGAGAGUCAAAAGGAUGAAAAUAUAAAAAGAGAACUAAAAAGAGUUCAUAGUAUUUUGAAUGCUAAAAGUAUAAACAAAUCUGACCAGUUGACAAUGGAAGAAUUUCUUAAAUCUACAGAAAAUAUUACGCAAUUUAAGUUUGACUGGUUGAAGUUAUUAGAAACAAAAAUAAUUGAUAUGAAUGAUGAUGUAAAUGACGAUGAAAAUGAUAAAUUUGAUGAUAAUCAUAUAAGAAAUAUAAAUAGUGAUUUUGAAGUUGAAAUUAGUAUUAUACAUGAAGUGAUUGCUGAUCUUAUUCACGAAGCAUUAGAAAAUAGUAUACUAACAAUAAGAUUAAUUCUACAUAAGUUACUUAUUGCUACAGAAAAAAAAAAGGAAAAAAUUAACAGUAGAAGCUCACGGUCAUAGAAAUUUAAACGGCACUAAAAGUAUUGAAAAGAGAUUAGUUCAAUUACAAAACUGAACGUCAAGAUGAUCCAUUAAAAUUUUAUGUAAUCAAAUAUAUAUAAUUUUGAAAAAUUACAAUUAAAUUUACAAAAUUUAACCUUAGAAUAUUAGUUCGUCUAAAAUAUAAUACAGAUAGCAAUAUAGACAUUUUAUGUAUACAUAGUAAUUAUGUUUUUAAUAAAACA